AGAUAGGGUACCACUUGGCGAUACGAACGCCCCCCAUUAUCAACUAUUCCUAUUCCGUCUUUUUUGAUCCAAACUCAACAUUUGAGGUCUCACUUUUCCGACUUGCUGUUUUCCCUCUCGUCUGGACGGUUUUCUAUUUGAUCUCAGUGCCACACCUCAUUCGCUUUUCCGCUUCAUCUUCGACUUCCUAGCUUCUCGAAGAGUCGCGUCCUGGUGACGCUCCCUCAACAUCCCUUGCGCGAUAUCACUCGACCUCGUCGAACGUGAACCUCACCACCACCACAAUUGCUCAUUGAUCUGGUCGCUUCACGGGCAACUGUGCCCGUGCGCCUAUGAACCUUCUGCCCGACACCCCCGUGAACUCAAAAUCCCCGCCCAUGUCCCUUUCUCGAUCACCCUCACCCCACCCGGCGGGCGGAGGGUGGUCCAGUCCAGGUCUCACGACAGGCAGUGGCAGUUCGACACCACACAGUGGCUUUUUGUCGCCGAACCCGUUGGGUCCUAGCGGGAUCUCGUGGGCGGCCGCCAAAGCGAAGAGCGACGAGGUUCGAGGGUAUCCGUCUUUUUCUACGAGGAAUAAUGGCUUCUUUUCCCGGUCGAAACGUCGCAUCUCCGCCACCCUGCCGAGUUUCCGUGUAAGCUCUAGGUCACCGAAUGGUUAUAUUGAUAAAGACGACUUUGGACGUGGCCGACCAUUCUCAUCCGGGGGAGGUUGGCGUUCCUGUGGGUUCGGCAGAACUAUGUUGCGCCGCAGACGACUACGGUUGUUGAUUACCCUCAUUCUGGUUGUGGUUGGAUAUCUGUACUUUUGGACAUCUUUCCUCGAGCGGUAUCGACGAUCAUCGUUUGGCGGCGGAAGCAAGUUUGUAAUCAUUCUCGAAUCUAAUGUGGAGGGCGGCGUGAUGGAACUGAAGGGAGCCCGUGAGUGGGCGGUGGAGCGCAACAGCAUCCGAAAUAAGCAAGAAUAUGCAAGACAGUGGGGAUAUGAGUUGGAAGUGGUGAACACGUUGGCAAAGAAGCGGUAUUCGCAUGAAUGGCGGGAAAGCUGGGAGAAGGUCGACAUUAUCCGCGAGACUAUGCGCAAGUAUCCCCAUGCGGAAUGGUUCUGGUGGGUGGAUCUUAAUACGUGGAUCGUAGAGUCCUCCUACUCCCUACAGGACCACAUUUUCAAUCGUCUGGGCGAAAUUUCGUACCGGGAUAUCAAUGUCUACAAUCCCUUGAAUAUUAGCCACCCGCCGACGGGGGCGUAUCUUGAUGACGUUUCACGCUCACCGGUGGGCGACGGAGACCCAUCAUCAAUUCAGAUGGUGUUAUCGCAAGACUGCAGUGGUUUCAGCUUGGGUUCCUUCUUCAUGCGACGAUCAGUGUGGUCGGAGCGUCUACUAGACAUCUGGUGGGAUCCCGUCAUGUAUGAGCAGAAACAUAUGGAGUGGGAGCACAAGGAACAGGAUGCCCUGGAAUACUUGUAUACCAAUGAGCCGUGGAUCCGCAGCCACGUUGGAUUCUUGCCUCAGCGGUAUAUUAAUUCGUAUCCUCCUGGCGCCUGCGGGGACGGGGGCGAUCCAGAUAUCCACUUCGUUGAGGGCGCAGGUGACUUUAUGGUGAAUCUGGCCGGCUGUAGCUUUGGCCGCGACUGCUGGUCAGAGUUGUGGGAGUAUCGCCGUAUCACCCAGGAGAUGAACCGACCAUGGCGGGAGCGCGUAGAAGACAAGGCGACAGGCCUCUACGAGAAGUUCUUUGGGCGGCAAGAUAAUACGCCGCAAUCAUAAAAAGUCACACUGUUACACCACGUAAAGGGCUCAUGCAUGAUCGGCCGCGGAUGAUCUUUGGCUCGCUGUACAUGUCGCCAUAUGGGUGAUUUGAUGACCGUAUUGUACUUGCUGUGGGACAAUUCUGACGAUAUUCCGGCGUAUUUGGACGAUAUGCUUUUAUUACACAUGGCUUGCAUUUGGAUAUACUGUACACUGCCCCAAGAAGGGCUAUUAUUGAUUGGCAAGCGUUUUCUUUUCUUACGAGAUAAUCAUGGCUAUAGACAGAUUAGAUAAAUCUUGAUUACUUUGCGCA